AUGAAAAUUGCUAUAACUAUUUUAUUUUGGAUUUUCUUGAUCAAUUAUUCCAGGGCAAUAAAUGUCUCACCAUUAAGUGGUGUUGAUAGGGACAAACUUUUAUCAUAUAUCAAUCUGAAGAGAUCUUACCAUGUGGAUACUAAUUCAUUGACGUGGAACAAAGCUGCCGCAAGUGCGGCAGCUUCUGAACUUUCAAACUAUAAUUGUAACGAUGAGUCAAAAAAUAUUUACCAUAACAAUGAAUAUGGUUUUACUUUCAGUAGGGGCCAAUCUUUGGAUGAUGUUGUAGAUAGCUGGUAUUCAGGUAUUUCAUAUUAUAAUUACGAUACCCAAAAUGUUAGACCCCUAAAUAGACAAUUCUCACAAUUGGUGUGGAAGGACUCAUCAUCAGUAGGUUGUGCUAUGUUAACAUGUGGUUCAGACCCAGUGAUUUUAUGUCGUUACUCACCACCAGGAGCCAUUCUGUCUCAGUCAGAGGAUAAUGUUGGUGAUCUAAAGUUCCAUUUUCUCAGAGUUCCAUUGACAAUAACGACAACCGUUCUGCAAUCAACCGAAGUAACAAAAACCUUGACGGCAACUUCUAUUUCCCUGAGUACUGAUAAAAUUACUGAAUUUAUUACUACGACCCAAGUCACAACUGUUCCAGAACUAACAACUGUACAAGAACUAACAACUGUGAUAAGUAGUCAUACUAUAAUCAAUUAUGAUACCGUGACGGAAAGUGUACCAAUUACAGAGUAUACCACUAUAACUGAAGAAACAACACUGAAAGAAAGUUUUACAUUUGUUGAAUUUAGAACAUUAACUGAAGUUAGCGUUCUAACUCACAAUGAAACUUUUACGGAAACUGCUACUUUAAUUCAAACUUCUACAUCUACAUCUACUGAAACAGAAAAAGUAACUACAUUAGAAACUACAACAGAAACAGAAACAAAAACAGAAAAAGAAAAAGAAAUUACAACAGAAACUAUAACAGAUGCUACAACAGAAACAGAAACAGAACAAGAAAUUACAACAAAAACUAUAACAGAUGCUACAACAGAAACUACAACAGAAACCACAACAGAAACAGAAACAGAACAAGAAAUUACAACAAAAACUAUAACAGAUGCUACAACAGAAACUACAACAGAAACUACAACAGAAACAGAAACAGAACAAGAAACUAAAACAGAUGCUACAACAGAAACUACAACAGAAACUACAACAGAUGCUACAACAGAAACGGAAACAGAACAAGAAACAACAACAAAAACUAUAACAGAUGCUACAACAGAAACGACAACAGAAACAGAAACUACAACAGAAAACAAAACCAUCUCAACCGUUAGCUUUGUUACACAAUACGUAACAGAAACAAAUAUAGUAACUCUUGUACAAAAUAUAAGUACAACACUAUUCGAAACCAUCAGUAGCAUUGAUACUGUGACUUUAACAAAUACCAUUCCCAAAAGUGAAACAACCACCGUUACAGAUACCUUGACCACUAAACAAACAGACACUGUUACAGAGGUGUCUACGUUGGUUGAGAGUGAGACCAUGACUCUAACAUAUACUAUAACAAACGAAAAAAGAAUAACUGAGUUUGAAACUGUUACUAAGAACAACACUCUUACUGAUAUAAGUACUAUAACAGAAAAUAACAACGUAACCAAUGUUGUUACAGUAACUGAUAAAGAAACAAACUCAGAAUACUUUACUGUGACCCAAAAUCAAACUGUAUUUGAUACCAAGUUAGUAACAUUGGACUAUACGGUAACAAAAUAUGACACCGAAUCCGUGGUUAAAACUAUAGAUAACACUAUAACUGUGACAUAUACAUCUCUUGUCACAAAUAAAAUAAAUGAAACUGUAACCAUUAAUAACACGUCGUUAGACAUAGUACCCUCAACAAUUAUUCAAAACACUACGAUCACAGAAGUCUUACCAAUAAUAUCAACUGCUUUCAGUACAUUUAGAACUACACAAGUAACCACUAUCACGGAAAUAGAUACUAUUAUUAAUGGAAAUAUGGAAACAAGUAUUAAUAACGUAACUGCUAUAUUUACAUCUACAGAACAGGUUACAAUUUUUGUCCCAACCACUAUAAAAGAAGAAAACAUAUCCUUAUUCACAACCACUGUUUCUAAUACAAAUGCGCUAACUGUUACUAUAGAAGUAACAAAGGAUCCCACUCAAUCCAUUGAAGACGUUAAAACUGUAACUAUAUUUUCAACAGUCACUAGUUUAGACUGUUCCCUAACUCCAGGAAGUUCAAUGAGUCUCUUGAAUCCUACAGAUUUUCAGACUUUUUCUCCUGAAAAGACCUCUAGAGAAAACCUACACGCAAAUCAAAGAAGUAAGAGUAGUACGGUAACCACAGAAUCUCUAAAACUAUCUUUAACUAGCUUAGGAAGUAGUCCCAUAGCAAAAAAAACCUUAACAGACGGUAUAUUAACCACAUCUCCUUACUCAUCGAUGGAGACCUCAUUUUCUUUUACAAACAAUGAAGAUAAUACCCUACUCUCGCAAUCAAUCAAUCACAGGUCUGAUAACAACAACGCAGUCACCAGUUUAAUGAGUUCAGAAAAUUUAGGAGGUACGAAUGCUCAAUCUGUAUCAUCUAAAACAAGUAUAACAGACGUUUCGAAAUAUUCAUCGGAAACGGACACUUGGAAUAGUUUACCAACAGAAGUUUUGAUUAAUGCUCGUGAUUCCAAAGAUAUUAUAAGUAAAACUAAGUUAAACAUUUCUACAAUAUCGAGCAUUUCCUCCCCGUAUAAUACUGAAACAAGUGAUAAUACUGAAACAAGUGAUAAUACUAAUGAAGCAACCACCACAAUGAGAGAUAAAAAAUCAACUACAACCAGUGACACGCGACAUAUAUCACAUGAUAUAAACUUGACAACAAUAAUUGAUAACGAAGAGAGUAAGUUAGGCUCUACAACUAAGGAAACAAACAGUGCUUCCCUGACUACUGACACUAAAACUCAGACUAACAAUUAUUCCAUUACUAGCCUUGCAACUAUCACACAAGGUCGAGAUAUAGUAAUGAAAGAAAAUUCAGGAAGCCACUUUAAUUUUGAGCUUCCAAAGAAAAUUUUGCUGUUCAUUUCUCUAUUAAUUAGCAUAAUCUAG